AAACGACGCAGUGGAAACGCCGGAGCUGUCAGUGAACCGGUGCUCGAGUAGGACACCUAGUGGCCAAUGAACUGAAGUGCUACUGAAGCUGACACCGAGUCAGUGAAGUCACUUCAUUGCAGGUCUUGCAAGGCUUAAUAACCACUGCUUUCAAAACAUCGAUUUUACCAAUGGGCAAACACAGCUGCCAUGUUUCGCCGUAAACCGGCUCGGGGUCCCGCAAAACGGCGGCAGCAGUCGUAACAGCUCCUCCAGUGGCCACUAGACCCUCCUCCUGUCAGACGGAGGAGCGGUGAGCAGAGCAGCCCGGGACUGAGACGCUCCACUCCGCCGCACUCAGCUCAUGCUGUCGGCCUCGCCUCGCCUCGCCGGGAUUCAUUCACUUUUCACUGGAGAAGCUGCGUCCAUAAGAGCCGACAACGUCGCAGCACCUCUGUUCCGCUGGUCUUCCCGAGUUCUGCCGUCACGCCGGCUCCUCUGAAGCUCCACCCAAACUGAUCGCGCUCAAGCCAGCAUGUCGUCAUCCUACGCGGCUGCCAUAUCGGCCCUUCUUACAGCCAACCAACCAAUCCAUCAGCCUUUCUCGGAAACAAAACACAAGAGCGGCAGCGGAAACAGCCCCACGCCCAGCAAGAGCCCCCACUGCCCUCCAUCUUUACAGAACCAAGCCGCCCCACCGGAGCUUCUGGCAUCUUAUGAAGAGCAACAGGAGAAUCCUGCAGAAUAUGGCAUUGGUGGUUAUUACCGGGUAGAGAUUGGAGAAAUAUUUGUUGACCGCUACCAAGUCCUUAAAAAGUUGGGAUGGGGUCACUUCUCCACCGUGUGGCUCUGCUGGGACAUGGUAACGAAGCACUUUGUGGCUCUGAAGGUGGUGAAGAGCGCUGAGAUGUUCACCGAGUCGGCACUGGAUGAGAUCAAGCUGCUUAAAUGCGUAAGGGACAGUGACCCCAAGGAUCCGAAGCGGGAGAAAAUUGUGCAGCUCAUUGACGACUUUCGGAUCUCGGCUCCGACCGGAGAGCACGUGUGCAUGGUUCUGGAGGUUCUCGGCCACGAGCUUCUCAAGUGGAUCGUCAAAUCCAACUACACGGGCCUCCCCCUGCCUUGUGUUAAAAGCAUCCUCAGACAGGUCUUGCAGGGUUUAGAUUACUUGCACACCACAUGCAAAGUCAUCCACACAGACAUCAAGCCGGAAAACAUCCUGCUGAGAGUGGACGAGAUUUAUCUCAGGAAGCUUGCGGCCAACACGAAGCUGUGGCAGUUGCCCGUUCCUCCUCCUCUCAGCGGCAGCAGCUCAGCGAACAAAGGCUCGAGAGAAAAGCAGAGUGUGUUCAACCUGUUUGGGAAGCUGACGGGGGUUCUGCAGGCCAUGGGCGAAUGGUCCAGCAAGGUGUCCAGGAGUCCACUGAAGCAGCUGUCGCCAAAGAACAAGAGCCGUCGGGGACAGAAGAGUCCGUCUGACCCGAAGCCAGACAAGCCUCACGUGACGUUUUCUGAAGCUGCCGCUUCAAACACGCAGCUCUUCACUAGUACCUCAAAGCUCAGAGGUCAUAACCUUAAGAUAAGGAGGCAGACUUUGCUGUUUGAAGAUGUUCUGGACGGUGCUCCACGCAGCCACAGGAACUCCAUGGGUUCCUGCCCAAACUUCAGCAUGGACGCUGCGGCCUCCGGCUCCAGAUCUGCGCCGUUCCCCCAGACGUCGCACACCGAGCCCGUCGCACCUCCGGCUUCCUCAGCUGGAGGAAUCGGUGACACGGAUGUUCCUCUGGACGUGCUGAAGCCUCACAACGCCGACAAAAUUGCCGUCAAGAUUGCAGAUCUGGGCAACGCCUGCUGGGUGCACAAGCACUUCAGCGAAGACAUCCAGACGUGCCAGUAUCGCUCCAUAGAGGUUCUGAUCGGCGCGGACUACGACACGCCAGCUGACAUCUGGAGCACCGCCUGCAUGGCCUUUGAGCUGGCGACGGGAGACUACCUGUUCGACCCCCAGGCAGGAGCCGCGUUCUGCCGGGAGGAAGAUCAUAUCGCCCACAUCAUCGAGCUGCUCGGACCUCUGCCGUCCCAGUUUGCUCUUUCUGGGAGAAAAUCCAAACAGUACUUCAACAGGAAAGGGCAGCUGCGGCACAUCUCCAAACUGAAACCGUGGAGCUUGUUGGAGAUCCUGCUGGACAAGUACGAGUGGCCGCGAGAGGAAGCGCUCCAGUUCAGUUCCUUUCUCCUCACCAUGUUGGAACUGCAGCCACAGAAAAGAGCCACAGCCGCCCAGUGUUUGAAACACCCCUGGGUUUCCUCCUAGAGACGCUCAGCAGCGCCACGGAGCCGGGGCCGUCGUUGUGCAGGAGUCGGUUUCUGACAAGAGCUCGGAAGUUUUUUAAAUUCAUCUCAGAAGAUUUUCUAGAUAAAAAAACAAGGACAUUUCUGAGAUGGGAAAGUCCAAUGUUUACUGGGACAGAAAGCAAAUCAGAAAUGUUGAGCUAAAUAGUUUAUAGAAGGACUUGCACUUCUGAGUUUCAAAAGUCAAAUUUGAUGAUGUUUCUGAGAUUAUUCUCAAAAUUUGAUAUUCAUAAUUUUUAUCUUUUUUUUAGUUUUGCACCCCAGAAAUUUCUUUCUUAGAGAAUUUCUGAGAUUAUUCAAAAAAUUUCUGGCUUUUUUUUUUUUUUUUUUUACAUUAUUUUGGGUGGAAAUGCCCUACUUUUUUUUUCUAUGCACAGUGGCCCGGAUACGCUGUCGGACACAGGAGACGAUGUCUGGUAAAAGGGGACUCUGCCUGCAGCGGUGGUUUGCUGCUGGCAUCAGUAAAAACACUGACUUCCUUUUUCUCACAUUUGCUAUUUAACACGUUUGAUGCCACAGAGAUGAGCGUCUCCGCUGCUGCUUCCGCUUUGUGUUUGAUUCUCCGUUCUUCUUGGUAUCUUACAUUUUAACAUGACUAUAAAAGACUGAGAAUGCUGGGAAGUACUGUUUAUAAAAUCUUAGAUUCUUUUUUUUUUUUACAAUAAAAAUGUGCAAGAACAACUCU